AUGAGUUCGGAUAUCCCGGAAGAUUUCGCUUCUGCUCUGAAGAGUUUGAGGGAUAUAAUACGAAAUCCAACUUCACUCUCAGUCGAAGAUUUAUCUUUUCACUUGUCCAAAACUCUUCAAUUCUUACAAAUCGAUCCAACAUCAGUCCCUCCAGCUAGGAUAUCGUCAGAAGAUAUAAGAUCACUCUCAAGAUACCUACCAUCUAUCCAAUUGAUUCUCUUAAACGAUAUAAUACCUACAUUCUACCAUGCGCUAGAUCAGCGUUAUCAAGAAUCUCUAAAAGCAUUUUUCGCCCCUUCGAGACUUACAGAUGGACUGCCUACAAGAAGACAAAUUGCUUUAUGCUCAUAUAUCACCUUGCCUGGAUAUCUAAAUAAUCCAAAGCAGGGUCAAAGUCAACAGGCUCUAGGUAAACCCUCGAGAGGUUUCUUAAUCUCCAUCUUGGAAAGUCUGACAGUUACAUAUGGGAUAGACGAUCUUUAUUAUGCCAUAUAUAAAGAAGAUGACAAAGGGAAACAAAAAGAAACAGGAGGGAAAAAAGAAUUAGAGUGGGAAGAAGCUAUUAGGUCAAUAGUUGGUAUACCUGCCAAAGUAGGAAAUGCGAUUGGAAGAUGGAAUUCUGAAGGCGGAGCGGUCGAUGUACCCAAUGGCUUGGGACCAAAAGCUUAUUUCGAUCGUCUUACUGUCAAGCUGGAAACUCUGAUGUAUGAGCUUUCCCAAAGAUCAAUCACAGUCGACCCUACGCCAAUCCGACUUGUUUUCGAGAAACUCUACUCUAUAGGUCUUGUAACCUCCUCGCCAUCUUCUGAGUACUCACGAACACCCUCUUUGUUCCCCACCCUUCUACCUCCCCUUUUGAAUCACUUACAUCCGCCAUCCUCAUCGCCUCUACUACCGUACCCGGCCGACUACCUCCCAUCCAUAUUCCUAGCGUUUCCAUCUUCGUCCCUUGCCGCAUUUGUUGAGUCCUUGCUCUUACAUCUUACGAUUUACCUCAUCGAUCCUUCUUCUCCCCUUUCUACAAAUCAACCUGACCGCAGAAUCAAAAGGGCUGUGGAUGUCCUGACGAGGUUCAUCGGACCUCCGAAACUGAAUCAGGAAGCUUGGAAUGCUAUAACGAGAGCUGUAUUGACUGGAAGAGGAGGUCUAAACUUAAUCGACCACAAAUCACAGGCUAGAAAUAGACUGACAGUGGGCUGGAUAGCGAACGGUGAUGAACAUGCUGCGAAGGCUUUUAUCGAGACAAUCAUGGACGCAUGGACUGAUCCUAAAUACGUCAAAUUCACUUUGUACGCUCAGCAAUUCAAUCUCACGCAUAUCCUUAUCCUAUCUUUAUCCCUAAUUCCACCAUUCUCACCUUGGCUUAUAGCCUUAUCUCACCGAGCCAAGAUUAUAAUGGCUUUUCAAUCCUAUUUAUCCCAUCCUGAUCCUUCGAUCCGUCGUCUGGGUAUGUUAGUAGCUGAAAUCCUGAGUGAGUUGACUAUUGUUGAAGCGAGUGGGGAUGGGUCCAGCACCCAAGUGAAUGAAGAGAUUGAGGAUCUUCGGAAAGGACUCGAAAUAGAUGAACAAGCAAAAAACACUCCGGGCAUGAACAAGCCACAAGGUGGUAUGAAAAGAUUGAGAUUUACAGGUAUGUGGGAUGGACAAGGUGAAGGAAGAGAAGAAUGUAGAUGGUUAAGAAAGACCUCGGCGAUCAAAGAUCAAGAUGCGGUACUGGAUGAUAAAAUCCCAGGAGAGGAAUGGCUGCUCGGCUGGUCUAAAGCGGCCACCUCCUCAGAUCCAACGACUGUCGCGCAAGCACUGCCAGUAGUGGUUCCCAUUGCGAGAGGUCGUCUGCCUAUCCCUAAGCAAUCAAAGUCACCUAAAUCCAAACCUAAACGGAAGCCGAAAAUAGUAAUGCUGGACCCUGAUCAGCUCGAUGACCCAAUGGAAGGCUAUAUAUCUUCGUCGCCCUCCUCAUCACGUUCUCCUUCACCUACUCCGUCAUAUCUGGAAGAAGUUGCAGCCGAUCCAUCAUUGGCUAUUGAUGCUACUCAGAAGAAGAAGGUUUCUCGACCAGUAUACAUCCCAUCAUUAGUGGCUUUACUCAAAGAAAGAGAUAAGCCGGAAUGCAUCGAGAUGGCCCUGAAAUGGGGCGAAAGUUUGAUACGAGCCAAGAGGGAGUUUGGGACUGAAUUAGCUGAAAGUUCUGUAGCGGCAACUCUAAUGGCGCUUGGGUUGAAUGAUCCAUUUCAUAUUGACGGGUUUGAUGAGAGUCGUCAAGGGAUCAUAAGCUCUUUGGUAGCUUGCUCGCCCAAAGAAGUCGCACCAUUCCUGUGCGAACAAUAUUUUAACACUCAGUUCUCGCUUCAACAGAAAUCUGUUAUUCUUACAGCCCUUGCAAUGGGAGCUAGAGAAUUAGCUGGUCUAUCUGUACCUCCUCCGACGACCAAGAAAAUUGAUUUCCCCUCGAAGACAUUGCCGCCCAUAUUACAUAAAAAGUAUAUUACAACCGCAGAUAUCCCCACUUCGAGACGUCAAGCGAUUGAAGAUAAUCAUUCAAGCCAAAUAGAAGAAGUCAUUGGUGAUGUACGAAAUCUGAUGUUAAGUAAAGGUGCUAAAAAAGGCGAUGAAGUACCUGAAAUUGCACGACAAAGACGACUCCGAGUGGGGUCCAACAAAAAGCCGCUCGUGGCCGAAAGUGGUUCAUUAAAGGCAUCACAGAUGAUCACUUCACAAAUCCCUUCGAAACCUAUAAUGGCAUAUAAAGAUAUCGCCGCUGAAUAUUUCAUAAUGCCAUUGAUGAAUCGAUUUUGGCAACAUUUCAAAGAUUCUUCCAUGAGAGAAUCAAGAGCUUUAUCAGCUGGUGGAAGGUAUAGAGGUGCAGGAGCAGGAAUGAUAAUGUCUCCUAUAGCAUUAGAAAAGUUUUUGAUGACCUUGAGUAUCUUAUUGCAUGCUUCAAGACAUUCUACCGUUUUCCUAUCUGUCCUGGCUCCUGAAUCAUUAGAAUUAGCUCUUACUAUAGGGACGAGCGCACGACAUUCUCGAGGGGCUUCAGGAGCAGGAGGAGAUGGUGAUUUAUCAAGUCAAGAAGGUGCCGGAGCACAAAUUGUAGGAUCAGCUUUAGAUCUAGCUUUAGUCGCAUUAGAUACCUCGGCUGAAUUAGACGGAGGGAGAUCUUUAUCGAUUGAUCAACCGAAUUUGAUUCUAAGUGUGGGAGAAUGGGCGACGAAUGUAUUCCAAAUUGAGAUGGAAGGAGGAGAAGUUACGCCCGGACAAGGAGGAAAUAGAGAAGGUAGAAUAAAAGCCAACGCAGCGGCUGUAGUAUUAAAAGUAGGUGAAAUAGGUGAGAAAUGGGGUGGUCUGGGAAUGAGAUUCUAG